UCCCCAUCUCAUUCCACUCUUUCUUCUCUCCAUCUUCUUUUCUUCUUAUUGAGAGGUAAAGGAAGAUAUAUAUAUAGAGAGAGAGAGAUUCUAGUUGCAAUGGCAUCAAAGCAUUCUCGUGUCUCCUACUCACUGCUGGUGCUCCUUCUGCUCGCAUUGUGCUUCGUUGGGAGCGUGCAUGCAGGGCUGAAGCCUUCAGAUUGCCAACCGAGAUGCGAAUUCCGGUGCUCGGCGACGUCGCACAAGAAGCCAUGCAUGUUCUUCUGCCUCAAAUGCUGCGCGCAGUGCCUGUGCGUGCCGCCUGGCACCUACGGCAACAAGCAGGCGUGCCCUUGCUACAACAACUGGAAGACGAAGGAAGGUGGCUCCAAGUGCCCCUAGUUUUUUCCUCCGGGCAGAUAUCUACAUGCAGUUUAUUGUAUGGAUUUCAUAAUUACUUGUAUUGUAAUGAACGGAUAAUGCAUUGUUCACCAUUUCUGUUUUAGUACUCAAGAUGGAGGAGAGAGAUUCAUGGGAAA